AUGGACGAGAAAGCAGCUUCGCCAAAGAUAGAGGACAAUAACCAAGACAAACAAGAGCCUACCAAAUCAAGGCGACGCAGCAGCCGAAGCAAAUCCAUCACAGAUUCCACCGCCGUGGAACCAGCAGCCAAGAUGGAUAUCGAUGAUGAAGAAAAUGAAAAAUCUAAAGAUUCCCUUACAGAUCGUUCUGAAAAAAAAUCCAGUCAACAAGCAACGACAACCAAGACCGACAAUGACGAGAAACUGUCUUCAUCGAAAGGAGGUGCACCUGAAGCAGCAGCUGAUCAGAAGAAGGAUGAAACCAUUUCCGCAUCCACUACUGCGGACUCGAACACAAAAUCCAAAUCCAAAGCAUCCACGAAAUCAGAACCCACAGAAGAUAUUUCCAAAACGGAAGGUGCUGCAAAAGAUUCAGAGGACAACAAAGCCGACGGGAAUGACGACGAGAUGCAAGAAGAAAGUGCAGAGAGUGAAGAGGAUGAAUAUAGCGAAGAAAAUGAUGACGAAGACGGAUCAAAUGCCACAAGAAAGCGCCAACGGGGAAGGUCUACGGACAGCAUUCGUGCCAAGCGGUCUCGAGUCAAACCUACCAAUCGUUACGAGCCAGUGGACUUUAGCGUGCCCAAGGAGAAAGCAGCAACCUCCAAAUCACCAGGCAGACCGCCCAAACGUUCUGCAUCCCAAUCAAAGCCAGCAUCAACUCCGCAAAAAACCAAAGGGGACUACAUCACCGUUAUCAAGGGGCAAGGUAUGAAAUUGGGAGACAUUCCAGUCAUUCGCAAGAGGGUCGAAGAGUCGGACAUUGACAGUCCCGAUUUGUACUUGGUCCAUCGACUCUUGUAUUCCUACAAAGGAAGGGGUUCCAACAAGCUGUUCAAGACGCAUAUUUUGGAGUAUUGUGGGUAUAUGCGAAAGCCAAUGGAGGGUGAAAAGGAGGAAAAAGUAGAGGAGGAAAACGCAGGAAAUGAGACAUUCAUGUCUGCCAAAGUGUUCAAGUACAGUAUCGAAAAGUUGAAACUCUUUAUGGAUUUCUUUGAGAUUGAUCGAUCACCCAACAAGGAUGGUCCACUGAAUAAGGAAGCCAUUGUGGAUCGCCUGUUGGACUUUUUGUGCGCCCCCAGUCUGGAGUCUAUGAAUCCAACAGACGAUAGUAGCAGUGAAGAAGAAGAAGAAGAAGAGAGUCACGAUGGCGACGCAAUCACGAAAGAAAAAGAGGAGAAGGACGACUCGAAAACAGCCAAGACAACUGCUGAUGACAAGAAAAAGGAUGAUGCAGCUACGCCAGAGGAACAAGUAGCAAAGAAGGAUGGUACAGAUAUCACCAAGACAGAAGAAGCCAAGAAAGACUAUAGUGCCAAGGAAACGGGAGCAGAGACGAAAGGUACAAAGCCAGUGGAUACGGAAGAACAGAAGAAUGAUGCCGAACCUAAAGGAACUGGAGAGACCCCAAAGGACUCGCAGAAAUCUUCUGCUACAGCAGAGGCAAAAGAGAAACAAACCCCAAAGGAAGAAAGCAAGAAAAAAGAAGAGAGCAAGACAGAUAAAACAACUGGCAACAAGGAACAAGACGAAGGAGUUGAUAGAAAGACUGCAAACUCCCAAACCUACCAAGAAUGGUGCAAGAAAGCCCGAAUCGAAGGAGCCUUCUACUUGGUACGAGAACAUGAAAAGGGAGACGAACCAAGCGAUGCCGCACUACGACAGUGGGUUCAAGCCUAUGUGACUUGCUUUGAUAUGUCCUCGGCUACCGCCAAGCAUGCGAUUGAAACAGCCUCAGCAAGGUUUGGCGUCAACUUGGUACAUCGCAAGGACCUGAUUCGAGAAUUUCUAGUGUCCGAAAUAUAG